AUAUGAAUGAUAAGAACUUUCCCUUCUGGCUGUGGAUUGAAGGAAUCCUGGAACUCAUUAAAAAACACCUCUUGUGCCUCUGGAAUGAUGGAAGCAUCAUGGGCUUUAUCAGCAAGGAACGAGAGCGGGCCCUCCUGAAGGAUAAGGAGAACGGGACAUUUCUUCUGCGAUUCAGUGAAAGCAGCAGGGAAGGAGCCAUCACCUUUACCUGGGUAGAAGGACCACCGGAGGACCGCUGCUACCACUCCGUGGAACCCUACACGAAGAAGGAGCUCGGUGCUAUAACUGUGCCUGAUAUCAUCCGUAGUUACAAGGUGAUGGCGGCUGAAAAUAUUCCCGAAAACCCGCUGAAAUUCCUUUAUCCAGACAUUCCCAAAGACCUUGCCUUCGGAAAAUACUACUCCCGACCCAAAGAGACUUCUGAACCCAUGGACGUGGAGGGCAGCGGAAAGCAUUACAUCAAAACUGAGUUAAUCUCUGUGUCCGAAGUCCACUCAUCCAGACUGCAGACUCCGGCCAACCUCCUGCCCCUAUCCGCAGAGGAUUUUGACGAGUUCUCUCGGGUGGUGAGCCCUGCCGAAAUUAUGAUGUAUUCCAACUGUGACCCUUAAGUGCUUCUUUGGGAGUCUACAUAGACGCAUCAGUCACUUUCCUGUCUGCUAGUUGAGGUCCUGGUUUGUCUCUAAACCAGGCCUCAGCUGGGCUCUGCAAACAGCAUCGACCACCAAAGUGUGGCUGUAGGGAACCGUCAGACCUGCCAGGCUCCACCCUCUGCACUUGUCAAAAGAACAGCUUCCAAAAACAGAAUACUCGAUUUGCUUUCCACAAUUAGUUGUCGAGUAAGUAGGUUUUAACUGUUACGCUCUCUGCUGCCGCCGCCUCUUCUUUUCCCAGUUAAGUUUUUGUCUGAGUUCUAUCGGCUGGGCGAUUCACUUCAAAAAUAAAGGGGGCUUUCCUCAGCCGCUGCGUGUUAA